GCAGGGCCAAAGCUGAUGUCAAAGGAUGGAACCGAAAGGGUCCCCGCCAGGAGGUUGGCCUCCAGCUUGAAGCUCAAGGAAGGGAACAAGCGAUUUAGAGGAAGGCUGGGCAGUGAGGGUGAAGGCGCAUGCCCAACCACAGCAGGUGCUGGGGGGGCGCGCCGACACCGCGGCCUCCCCUUUAAGAGCCGCCACCGCCCACGGCCCGCUGCUGCGGCAGGGACCUCCCCUUUAACGGCGGCAACUCCGCGCUCCGCUGACCCCACGGCGGCUGCCGCUGCUAACUGCAGCUCCUGCAGCCCUCACCUCCGGCCUCGGGCAGCUGCAUCCUCGCCCGGGCUGGGUCCCCGCCCCGCCAUGGUGUCCUGGAUCAUCUCUCGCCUGGUGGUGCUCAUCUUCGGCACCCUGUACCCAGCCUAUUCCUCCUACAAGGCCGUGAAGACCAAAAAUGUGAAGGAAUAUGUCAAGUGGAUGAUGUACUGGAUCGUCUUUGCCUUCUUCACCACAGCUGAGACACUCACGGAUAUAAUACUGUCCUGGUUCCCCUUCUACUUUGAGCUCAAGAUUGCUUUUGUGAUAUGGUUGUUGUCCCCUUACACCAAGGGCUCCAGCGUUCUCUACCGCAAGUUCGUGCAUCCUACACUGUCCAACAAGGAAAAGGAGAUCGACGAAUAUAUCACCCAAGCCCGAGACAAGAGCUAUGAGACCAUGAUGAGAGUAGGCAAGAGGGGCCUGAACCUGGCUGCCAAUGCUGCAGUCACAGCUGCUGCCAAGGGCCAGGGGGUGCUGUCCGAAAAGCUCCGGAGCUUCAGCAUGCAGGACCUGACUCUCAUUCGAGAUGAGGACGCAUUGCCGCUGCAGGGGUCAGAUGGCCGUCUCCGACCUGGCCCUGGGGGUCUCCUGGACACUAUUGAGGACUUAGAUGACCCUGGCCUGAGUGUAAGGUCUAGCACAAGCCAGGCAGAUCCCCGGACAGAGACCUCAGAAGAUGACCUGGCAGACAAGGCACCCAAGAGGACCAAAUCUAUCAAAAGAGUGCCCAAAGUUGAGCCAGUGGCCUCCAAGACCCUGAAGACCCGACCCAAGAAGAAGAGUUCUGGAGGAGGUGACUCAGCGUGAGGCCCUCACCUCCCCACUCCCCUCCAGCUGUGGGUGGGACAAUAGCAAGCACUGGGAAGAGCUGCAGCCCAGGCCCCACUCCACAAUGGGCCACUAGCCCAAGUGUUGCAGACCCGAGGACCCCCUAGAUGGCUGUUUCCAGUGCCGCCUCCCAUGUUUGGCAAAGAGGAGGGAGGCACAGUCUAGGGUGCAGGACAGAAGCUGAUGGCUGAGCCCUUGAGGAGGUGGGGCUCCUUGGCCAGCACUGCUCGCUCUUGCUCUUCUCAAUGCUCUAGCCCCGCCCCACCCCGCCCAUCCAGUGCCUUGCUGAAGACCAUGGCCUGACAUGCCUCCAACACUCUUCCUUGAAUAGGGGUAAAGGCCACAGUCCAGACAGACCAAGGAGGGGCCUUAAGGCACCUUGAGAGGGGAAAAUAUCGGGUAGGUCUGAGGGGGGAAUGUGUGACUCAGGCCCAGCUAGGAGUGGAAGACACAGGCUGUAAAUGAGCAACAUGGCCUUGCCAGAAUUGCAGUUGGAGGUGGAGUUCCAAGGGACACAAGUGGGGAGGCUGUGUGAAAGUGGCCACUUCUCCCUACUUCAGCCCUGGUCUUUCUCCCUCUUUCUCCACCCCUGCUGAUCUCUGAACCUCAGAGGAUCCAAGCCCUUGCCAGAAUGAGGCUCCAAAGGGCCGCCCCCCUACCCUUCCAUCCUUGAUCUGUUUUACCCACUCAUGCCCCUAGGCUGGGCCUACUCCUUGGGCCCACUAUAGAAGUCCUGCCAAGCUGGCUUCUUUCCUCUCCUGUCAAGGGGACCCAUCCUAACUUGCUAUUGGGUCCCCUUCCUGUGCCAAGCAAACCCCUGUUAGAACCAACCUGGACCCACACCCCUGGCCCUGGCUCUGCCAGCUUCAUUGGGGGCUAAGUGGAAUGUGAAGAAGGAAGAGAAAGGAGCUGAGAGGCUCCUGAGUCUGAAAUGCCCACUGGAUGACCAAUAAAUGGAACUCCGCCACCUCCUC